CACCCAAACAGUUUCCGCAUCUUCUAAUUUGCCCGCCAAACGCACCUUCUCUCUACCUCUAUCUCUCUCUCUAACUUUCUCUCUCUCUUUCUCGUUUAGUUUUCGUUUUCUCGCAUUUUCUCGGGAAAAUGGAGGUCGACGAUCGCUUGGCGGAGCUAAACCCCAAGACGAGAACCUGCGUUGUUCUUGGGGGCAGAGGCUUCCUCGGGCGUUCGCUCGUACUCAAGCUCUUGGAACUCGGCAAGUGGAUCGUUCGAAUCGCCGAUUCCGCUCAGUCCCUCCAACUCGAUCCCUCUGAGUCCGACUCCUCACUAUCCCAUGCUAUUUCCAAAGGUCGCGCUUCUUAUCAUUGCGUCGACGUUCGGAACAGGUCUUUGAUCCUCAAAGCUGUUGAAGGUUCUUCUGUUGUGUUCUACAUGGAUGAUGCUGAUUUACGGGCACAUGAUUUUUACCUCUGCUACAUGAUUAUUGUUCAAGGUGCAAAAAAUGUCAUCAAUGCUUGCCGAGAUGGCAAAGUGAGGAGGCUAAUAUACAGUAGUUCUGCAGAUGUUAUCUUUAAUGGUUCAUGUGAUAUAAAUAAUGGAGAUGAAUCAUUGAGGUACCCUGGGAAAUUUGAGAACAUAUUAAGUGACCUGAAGGCUCAAGCAGAAGCGCUCAUUCUGCAUGCUAACGAUAUCGAUGGCCUUUUAACAUGUGCAAUACGUCCCUGCAAUGUAUUUGGACCAGGAGAUACACAUCUUGUUCCAUAUCUGGUGAACCUGGCAAAAUCUGGUUGGGCAAAGUUUAUUAUAGGGAAUGGUGAAAAUAUGUCAGACUUUACCUAUGUUGAGAAUGUUAGCCAUGCCCAUAUCUGUGCAGAAGAAGCUCUAGAUUUUCGGACAUCCUCUGUGGCUGGAAAGGCUUUUUUCAUCACUAAUCUUGAUCCUAUGAAGUUCUGGGAUUUCGUGUCACAUAUUUUGGAAGGCUUGGGAUAUCAAAGACCCUUUAUCAAACUUCCUGCAAGGAUGGUUUUGGAUGUUUUCAUGUUCAUCAAAAGGAUGCAUGAAAAGUUUGGGUUCAUAAGAUACAACCAUUCUCUGCUAGUUCAUUAUGUUCAUCUAGGCUCAUGCAGUAGAACUUUCAACUGUAAUGCUGCUCAGAAACACAUUGGAUACUCACCAAUAGUCUCCCUACAAGAAGGUAUCGCUCUAACUAUUGGAUCGUUCUCUCAUUUAGCAAAGGACAUGUCUUUCUCUAGAUGUAGUGAUCUUGAUGAGCCGUCAAAAGCGGAUAAGCUGCUAGGCAGUGGAAAAGUUGCAGAGGUUUUGCUGUGGCGUGAUGAGAGGAAAUCAUUUACAUAUUUCAUUGCUCUGGUUUUGUUGUUUUACUGGUUUUUCCUUUGUGGAAGAACUUUUGUAACAUCUGCAGCUUACCUUCUACUGCUACUUUCGUUUAUUCUUUAUGGAUAUGGCAUUCUUCCACCAAACAUAUAUGGUUUCACUGUUAAGAGAUUAUCCUCAUCUUGUUUUGAGACCUCUGAGAUGGUAGUGAAAGAUUCAAUUCAGAACAUAGUACAUUUCUGGAAUGGAGGGAUGUAUUUUAUAAGAUCAGUGGCGCAUGGACAAGAUUGGAAAGUCUUCUUGAAGGUUGUGGCUUCUAUCUACUUUCUCAAGUUGAUUUUGUCUCAAUUCGUCACUACGUUUAUAGGCAUGGCCUUGGUGUUCGCAUUCACUGCAUUUUUUGUGUAUGAGCAAUAUGAACCAGAAAUAGAUGGACUAGCAAAGCAUCUGAUCAACAGUAUAAAGGGAUCGGCUGAAUUGUUGACAAGAAUUCUACCACCUUCUGCUGCAUCAUUUCUUUGUAGUUAUGAACCUUCCAUCAACAGAACGGGUGGCCCUCCUACAGUAAAAGGUCCAAAAUAGUGGUAACAUGACAUCGAUUUUUAGCUCACGUUAAACUGUUAAUACCUUCUUUUGCUAGUUUAGUUAGGUUUGUAUCAGAAAAGAUAGCUUUGUAUAUCUUAACAACAUAUAAACCAGAAGGGAUAUGUUUUGUGUAUAGAUUGCCUUUUUCUUGCUUUUAA